AUGAUGGAGCAGCAGUCGCAGGCCGAGGCCGAGCAGAUGCAGGCGCGGCAUCGCAAGGAGCUCAAGGAGCUGCAGGGCCGCAUCACCAGCAAGAAAAAGAACGCCACCAAGAAGUCGCGCAAGGGCGUCAACGACGAGUGCGCGCAGAUGGAGCAGCAGCUGAGGGACAAGCAGGCGGCCGAGAUUGCAGCAUUGACUGGCGCCGAAAACGAUGAGAGGCAGCAGGACGACGGCGACGCGACGCAAGCCACGACGGACCUCGCCGAGCUGGAGCUGCAGGUGAAUGACAAGCUCAGCGAGGCGACGUCCAAGCUACACCUCUCCGAGCCCAUGGCCAAACAAAAGCCGCGCAAUCGGCAGCGAGAACGGCUGGCGCGCCGGGCCGCCGAACAGGAGGAGGCGGCGCGCCGCGCAGAGGACGAGGCGACGUCGAUGACGGACCACCGCGCGCGCGAGAGCGAGUACAUGCGCAACGCGUUUGAGGCGCACGGCCUCGUCGAGAGGGACAUUGACCCGGACGGGCACUGCCUCUUUUCCGCCAUCGCCGACCAGCUGGGCCAGAGCGCCGUGCCGAUCGCCGACGCCCGUUCCGACGACGGCGACAGGAAGGAGCCGGCGUACAAGACGGUGCGGCGCGCGGCGGCCGACUACAUGCUGCAGCACGCAGAUGACUUUGCGCCCUUUCUCGACGAGGACUUGGAGUCGUAUGCGGCCAAGAUGCGCGACACGGCCGAGUGGGGCGGGCAGCUGGAACUCAUGGCGCUGGCGAGGCGGUACUGCGCCGAGAUUCGCGUCAUCCAGGACGGGCGCACCGAGAGGAUUGGCGAGGACGAGGGCAAGGCGUCGGGCAAGACGCUGUGGCUGGCGUACUACCGGCACGGCUACGGCCUAGGGGAGCACUACAAUUCGCUGAGGCACAAGACGAAGCCGUGA